AUGCCCAUCGGCUGCGACCGCUCAAGACUGUCCGAGGCGUGCGUGUCUCUUGUCCAUACCUUUGACGCGCUCAAAAGCGUUUUCUUGCGCGCAAAUGGCCGCCAUUGGCAAGUUAUCCUGGAUCGCCCCGACGUUCCGGUUGACUACGUUGACGGGGAGGGGCACGAGGAGAGCUUCGACGGCGUCACAUCUUCUCUUGUUGAAUCCAAUCACAAAAUCCCUCUCAGGCCGGGCCACGUUUUCCUGCGCAUCACCAUCCUCCGCAACCACAAGGGCAGAUUGCGCCUGGUGCUCGGCAUGUCACAUGCCAUCUGGGACGGCCUGAGCCUGCCUGUUAUUCUCAACUCCCUGCAUUCGCUUUGCGCGGGCUUCGCCGUGCCGCCGCAGCCUCGCCUGGCCCUCCACCUAAAGCAGCAUCGCAAAAAAUACAACAAAACUAUCGAAUAUUGGAAAAACGCCCUCGACGCUUUGCGCAAACCCGACGACCGCGGCGGCUGCCUGCUUCGGGUCGUCCAGGUGCCGGCCGAGGGACGAGCGCCGGGCAGGAUAACGCAGGCGGCGAUUUUCACGACGGCGUGCAUCUUGGUGGUGGCUGACGAGAUGUACUGGUAUUUUCCCCCGGACGGGCAGCGCCAGUCGACCGUCAACGGCGAGAUGCUGCUCUCCUCGAGCUACCGGAUCCGGCCAUUAACGACUUGA